AUGAAGACUGUCACGGUAUUAUUCGCAUUCAUCUUAAUACUUUCUUUGGUAUUAAUAACUAAUGCAAAUCCAACAGAACGACAUCUUAACGAUGAACUAAAGGAACAACUUUUAGAUUAUUUACGUGAAGCUAAACGAGAAGACUUACUUCAGAAGAAAGCAAGACUUUUCGAAGAUCAAAUCGAAAGACGACGUUUACAAAAUGAAAUUGAACGACGUCUAGUUAAUAUGUUCGAAACUGAUGAAGAUAAUAACAGUGAUAGUUACAAAACAUUCAAUACUCGAAGAAAAAUUGUUCACGAUUGGCAACCAGUUUAA